AUGCAGCCCGUCGUGCCCUCGAGAACGCAGAUCCUGCGCCUGUAUCGCAAGUAUCUUACCACCGCCCAGUCCUUUUCUUCGUACAACUUCCGCACCUACUUCCUGCGACGGAGCCGGGACAUGUUCCGCUCAGCGCUCCUGCCGCAGGCGCAGGCGGCCCAGUCGUCGCCCUUCUCCAAGCAAGGUUCCGCCACCGCCAAGGUCUCGCCGUCGACGCUGCUUAGCCCCGAUGCGAUCUCGACAAACGGCAGCAACGCCAGCGGCAGCAACGGCAGCAUCGCGGCGGCGGCCAUGAGCGACCAGGAGAAGCUGGCCACCUUCUACAACACCGCCCUCGAGGACCUCAAGGUGCUCCAGAGGUCGGCCAUCACCAACCGCCUCUACGAGGGCGAGAGGCUCGUCGUCGAGCAGCCCAAGCUCAUCGUCGGCGGCGGGGGUGCGGGCGCAGAGGCCUCGGUCGGCGGAGGCGGGCAGCCCACCCAGGGCCCCCAGAGCCCCGGUGGCGCACCUCAGAGCGACUGA